AGCCUGUGUACCAGACUGGCACAAGAGUGGAAAGAGAGAUGAUUGGAGGUGAGGAGAGUAGAAUAAAGGCGGAAGAACCAUUUGAUGAGUUCGUUACUCUGGCACGGGCACGGAGCGCCCAGAACAGGGGCGCACACCUACACAGGAACACAUCUCUGGACGCUCCAAUGAAGAAGAGCUCUCAAGGAGAACCACAGUUAACAGCCACCACAGGAGAACAGGGGAAGGGAUGGAACAUCACCCGGAGGAAUGAAAAAGAAGCCCAGAGGGAACGACAGAGAAUACUGGAGGAAGAGAAGGAAAUUGAGAGGCAAAGAUUAGCUGAGUUCCAGAAACAGAAGGAAUUGGAGAAAGAGAGAGAGAAGCAGAAAGAGAUAGAGAGGCAGAAGGAGCUGGAGAGAGAAAGAAAGAAGGAAUUGGAGAGAGAGAGAAGAAGGGAAAUGGAAAAGAGGAGAGAAAUAGAGAAAGAAAUGGAGAGGCAAAAGGAAUUGGAGAGAAAGUUGGAGCGAGAGAGGGAGAGACAGCGAGAGCUGGAGAAACAGAGAGAGUUGGAAAGACAGAAGGAAAUUGAAAGACAGAAAGCAAUUGAAAAGGAACGUCAAAAACAGAUUGAAUACGAGAAACGGAAAUCAGCUGAGAGGGAGUUAGAACAGCAAAGAGAGUUUGAGCGACAAAGACAAAAAGAGUUUGAGAGGGAGAGAGAGAGAAUGCUUGAUCAGGAAAGACUAAAACUGAGAGAAUUUGAAAAACAGAGAGAGCAAGAAAGAGAAAGGGAGAGACAGAUGGAGUUGGCAAGACAGAGAGAAAUCGAAAGGCAGAAACAACUUAAGUUGGAAAAACAGAGAGAGCUCGAACGACAAAAAGAAUUGGAGAGACAAAGAGAAUUAGAAAAACAAAAAGAACUGGAAAGACAAAGAGAAUUAGAAAGACAAAAAGAACUGGAAAAAAUUAAAGAGAUGGAGCGGGAAAAACAGAGACAGUUGGAGAGACAACGAGAGCAAGAAAGACAAAAACAGAGAGAAUUGGAGCAACAGAGAGCGAUGGAGAAGAGGAAAGAGGCAGAGAGACAGAGAUUGUUAGAGUUGGAGAGACAGAGAUUGUUAGAGUUGGAGAAAAAGAGAGAGUUAGAAGAACUUGAGCGCAUGAAAGAGAUAGAGAAACAGAAGUUUUAUGAGUUACAGUUAGAGAAACAGCGAAUAAAGGAGAAAGAGGAGCAAGAGAAGUUAAAACACCAGCAGGCGCUGGACAGGCAAGCGAUGGAGCAACACAGGAGAGAGGCUGAGAAAGAGAAAAACUCUCCGCUUCGUCCUAAAGUGCUGGACUUGGACGCAGUGUCCUUGGGAGACUGGGCCGGAAGAUCCGUGAGUCAGCCAAGUCCUCAUAGUCCCACAGCUCGGUGGAGACAACCCCAAGCCGCACCCCGCCCUGAAGAUACCUACAAGCCAGGUAUUCUGGACAUUGACUCCUUUAGGAGUCAAACUCAGCCUCCAGCCUCCAAAGACCUAUUCCCUGUAGCUGGCUUUCAGAGUGUGGACUUUGGAGGAAUGGAUUCAAGAACCCAGAACCAGUCUCAGCCUCUCAGCUAUCAAGGCUUUGUGCCACCUCAGUCCCUGCUCCAACCUCACUACCAACCCAUGCUCCAACCUCAGUUCCAACUCCUACCAUUUGCAGGUCAGCCCCAAACUCUUCCACAGGUCCAGUUCCUUAGUCAGCCCCAGACACCGUUCCAAUCCGCUCCCGUAGAGUGGAUGAGAACUCAGCCUCAAGCCCAACUACAGCCCCAAAACCAACCUCCGUUCCAGCCUCUUAUUCCGGACAGGGCGAGAACACAACCCCAGUCUCUCCCACAACCCCUUGCCCCAAGUAGGGAGAGUACGCGUGUAGCCUGGACCUCAGAUUUGAGUUUUGGGAACUCUCAGACCACCCCUUCGUGGCCUCAGGCCCAGACUGAUGUUUGGGGUCAGACGAAAACUGUGGAGGUGACUGUGGACGAACCUUCUUGGCUCACAGAGAUGGAGCAACCAAGGAGGCCGGUUAGCACCAAGACUGGCCAGGAUCAAAUGCUAACUUCAACUUUAGCCCCUAUCCAAACCCCUGCUCUGGCUCCCAGCUUUUCUCCCUCAAUGGUUCCCAUGGUAACCCCUGCCCAAGCUCCGAUACAGACGCCGGCUCCCGCUGCAAUGAAUAUCUUGACCCCAGAGAGACUCUGGACCUCUGGUCCCACAGAAAAUAGCUCUGUCGGGUCCACUGUACCAAACAGACAAGCGUCGGUAACGACUGGCGUCGAACAUGCCACUCGAGGCCAGCAAGGCAUUCCAUGGACUCCGAACUGGGAUGUGGCAUUUCAGAAUCAAAAGGAGAACACAACGCAGCAACAACGAAAGGAACAAGGCCAGCAGGUGAGAGGAUCUGCUCCCGCCGAGACCUCCGUGGACGCGCCCCUCGCCCGCAUGAGGAGUCGCAGCGCGCACAGAGAGCGAGGACGGCAGAGCUGGGAGCAGGUGAAACAGUGUGUGAGUGGUCAGGAGGAGGCCAGGGACACAGAUAAUUUGGUUCAGGAAACGGACAGUCAGUACGGCACAUGGGAGACGGGUCUACGCACUGAAGACAGUCUAACACCUGCCACCCCUUCCUCGGAUGGCAACCUAACCCCAUCACCACGGAAACCGACUCCUCCCCACACUCCAGUGCAAGUCCAAUCCACAGACACUCCAGAUGGCUCCGCCCUCUCCCCGCAGACGCAGGCCGAAUCGUUGCCCUUUCUGGAGACAUCCGCUCCUCUGCUGGAUUCCAGUGUUCUGCGUUCUAGGGCACAGCUAAGUAAAAAGAAUCGCAGAGCCCCGCCCUCUCGAGCUGCCCGACACAGCGCUGCACUAUCGCUGGUGCCCGAGGGGUCAGGGGGUGACGCCGAAGAGUGGCGAUACAGGGACUCGACGGAGGAGAAAGCAAACUCCUCUAAACAGGAGGAGGACUCAGACUCUGAGGAGAAGACCAGAGGAGGAGACAGCAGAACUCCCACCUCCUCCUCCGCCUCUCAGUCCCAGAGGGUGGCGCUCUUCCCGGGCAUGGACCCUUCUGCACUAAAGGCACAGUUGAAGAAGAGGUCAGACACAGACAAUCAAACAGAUGGCCCCGCCCCUUCCUCACAACCCACUCGGUCGCCCAAAUCCCCUUUCCUACCACGGGCUGCCCGCGUGCUGCCCCCUGCUGGCGGCAAAGAGAAUGGGGAAGAGUCUUCACCCCAGUGGCUGAAAGAGCUCAAGUCAAAGAAACGCUUGAGUCAAUAUGACAAUGACAGUUAGGCCUGGGUAGAGAGAUUGCCUUAUAAAAUGGAGAAUCUGUAGCUGAAACCCACGACAGAAGCCUUAACCUUUGACCUGGAGUUAA